GCUGCAGGGACCCAGAGAGAGAGAGAGAGAGAGCUGCCUGAGGAUUGGAGCUGUUACAGGACAAUGCCAGGUGGAGCCGACGGGUCGGCGGUGACACCGGAGUUGGAACCUCGUUUGCCUGAAGACGUCCGCUUCACGUGCGCCGAGUGCGGGCGCACCUUCAAGCAGCAGUGUGACCUGAAGCGGCACGGGCGGGUUCACAGCGGCGAGAGGCCGUACCGCUGCCCGCUUCCCUGCGGCAAGGGCUUCGGCACCUCCUACAACCUGCUGCGGCACCAGCUACUCCACCGGGGCGAGCGGCAGUACCAGUGCGGGGCCUGCGGCCGGGAGUUUGUGCAGCGGCACCACCUGGAGGCCCACCGGCGCCGGCACACGGGCGAGCGGCCCUUUCCGUGCCCGGUGUGCGGGCGCCGCUUCAGCCAGGCCUCCUCCAUGCGGGCCCACGGUCGCACCCACGGGGCCGAGCGGGCCUACCGCUGCGGCGAGUGCGGCAAGGCCUUCAAGAGCUCGUCCAACCUGGCCAAGCACCGGCGCAUCCAUGGGGCCGAGCGGCGCUUCGAGUGCCAGACCUGCGGCCGCCGCUUCCUGCACUCCCACCACCUGGCGGCCCACCGGCGCACCCACGACCCGGUCGCCGGGGCGUCGCCGGGGAGCGGGGCCUACCCCCGCCGCUGCGGCCUGUGCAGCCUGGAGUUUGUCCGGGCCGAGGAGCUGGCCGAGCACCAGCGCUCGCACGCCGGCCAGAGGCUCUGCAAGUGCCAGGGCUGCGGGCAGGCCUUCCUGGACUGCCGGGAGCUGGAGGCCCACUGGCGGAGCGAGCACGCCGGGCCUCCCCCACCCCCGCAGCAGCCGGCCGCCGCCGAGGCCCCCCACGGCUGCCGGGAGUGCGGCAAGGUCUUCCGGCUGGCCUGCUUCCUGGAGUCGCACCGGCGCCGGCACGAAGGGCCCCGGCCUUACCUCUGCCCCGAAUGCGGCAAGGCCUUCAAGCAGCUGUCCUCGCUCUCCAAGCACCGGGGCCUGCACGUGGCUGCCGACCCCUACCGCUGCGGGCACUGCGGCAAGACCUUCCGGCUGGCCCACAACCUGGCCAGCCACGAGCGCACCCACACCGGCGAGAGGCCGCACCGCUGCCCCGUCUGUGCCGCCGGCUUCACCCAGCGCUCCACCCUGGUCAAGCACCAGCGCACCCACACCGGCGAGAGGCCCUACGCCUGCCCGGACUGCGCCAAGGCUUUCCGCCAGUCGUCCGCCCUCGCCGUCCACCGCCGCACCCACUCCGAGGAGCGGCCCUACCGCUGUGCCCAGUGCGGCAAGGGCUUCAAGAGCGCCUCCAACCUCAUCGGGCACCGCCGGGUCCAUAGCCGCUGA